AAUGAAAAUCAUUUUGGCCAAUAUCACAAGAUUUUAAAUGGAAGAUUCUUUACAAUGUCAACGACAAGCCUCAACAGCUCAAGGGUGUCACAGUGUCAAAUUAAUUAUUAUGAGAAUACAUUAUGUUCCCAACGUGAACUAUUUUUUAACUAGGAUUAAUUAUUGUUCGGAAUAUGAAGACAGGGCUGUCGGCAGAUAUUCAACAUUUGGGAGUCACUUAAUUGCCAAAUCCUGAAAUUUAUCACACCAGGGACUAACGAGAACAGGACCAACCCCUGGGACUUUACUCUUUGACUAACAGGAACCUGUUCUCCAGUACUAAAGAUGGCAGGGAGACGAGGUAUUUCUGCCAUGGCCCAGAAGCAACUGUUGGUGCUUGUAGACUUGGAUGGUGUGAUGGCCGAUUUUGAUGGGCAUUUUCUCACAAAAUGGAAACAGACCUACCCAGAAGAACCUUUUAUUGCAUUAGAAGACAGAAAAACAUUUUACUUGGUCGACCAGUACGAGACAUUGAAAGAAGGACUAAAGCCAAAGAUCAAGUCUGUGUAUCAAUCAAAAGGAUUCUUCAGGGAACUUCCCCCAAUAGCUGGAGCUUGUGACGCAUUGAAGGAGAUGAAUGAAAUGGAAGGAGUGGAAGUAUUUAUCUGCUCUAGUCCACUAUUUUUCUACAAAUACAGUUCCACAGAGAAGUUUGCAUGGGUAGAACACUAUUUAGGAGCGGAUUGGAUAAACAGAACCAUAUUGACUAGGGAUAAAACAAUUGUUAAUGGACAUAUCCUGAUAGAUGACAAUGUCAAAAUCAAAGGUGCUGUGGACUGUCCAUCAUGGGAACAUGUGGUGUUUACUGCUCAUUAUAACAAACACAUGAACUUGAGAGGAAAGAAGCGGCUAGACAAUUGGACAGAUGGAUCCUGGCGCGAUCUUAUCAUGGACUUCAAGAAAAGACUAUGAUAACAUAAAACUUAGGGUUAAAAUAUGCAGUAGUGAAAGAUAUUACAAAUCUAGUGUAUUUACUUAAAUUGUUUGUACUUUUAUAAAGCAUGCAAUCUUUUGUUGAAGUAAUAGAUUACGGUAAUUUUUUAUCUUGAUUUUGCGGGUCAAAUGUUUAUAGUUUGUUAGAAAGGUGUUCAAAAGCAGUGAUACAUGUACUGUGAUACAUUGAUUUAUUCCUAGAAUUUAUACAUUAAAAUCAUAAAGACCUGAAGGCAUUUUAUUCGAUGGGGUGUAAACUGUGAUGCAUUACAAGUCAUAGUUUGCUUAAUGGAAUGUACAUGUACAUACAUGACUGUGUCGUCAUUUUUCAUCCAUAACUGAUUAUUGUUUAGAGUUAUCCUCUAUCUGGGAAGAUUAACAGACUUAUACUGCCAAGGCUUGGUAUUUAGCAACAAGAGUUCUGUAACAUGUUGGUGUAAGGUUUUCCAAUCCUCAGCCUCAAAGUAUUUCUUUCAUCAUAAAAAUGCUGUUUAUUCUUCAAACUUUAUAAAUGAAAUAAAAGAGAAAUAAUAAUAACAACAAUAAAAGAGGACUUAUUAAAUUUGUCUAUAUAAAAGACAGAUUUAUGGUACGAAGAAAAAAAUUCCAGAUAUAUGUAAUUUAGAGUUAUUGAACAUUGCUGAGGAUCAGAGAUCAUUAAGCCAUUACAAUUACCAAAAAAAAAUCUAGUCCAAAACACAUUCAACUUCUAAUACAUGUACCAUUUCAUUGACUGGUUUGUUGGUUUACUCAUUACACAGUCAUAGAGUAAACAUAGCUUUUUAAUUCUAUAUUUACCUGAAAAUUAAAGAUUAUGAGAGAUUACUAGUAACAGAAAUAAUGAUAGACUUCAUGUAUAACUAUGUCUAUGGUAUUAUUGUUCAACAUGAUUAAAUGUGAUGAAAACAAUUCAAUUCUACUGUUUAUAUUUUUAUUUUCUUAACUCAUAAAACAAUAUACCAAAAAAUUUAACAAAAGCAGAAAUUUUUACAAAUGUAUAAAUACAUGAUAAAAAUAUUAUCAACAUGUAAUAAAUAUUUCAGCAAUAUAAAUAUAAAAAACAAAUAAUUUUGGUCCUUUGUAUAAAUCUGAAUAUCAGAUACACACCCUUCAACAACAAAACCCCAACCCAUGAAAUACAACAAAUUCUAUAGAAAACUUCAGAAAUGGGAAUAUGUUAAAUGAAGCAGUACACCAGAGCGUUAAAUGAACUGUAAAUCUCUGUAUUGUACACAGUUAUCUUUACGAAAUAAAAAUAUUCUCUUUGUUUAUUAUGCUGUAUAUAUGGAUUAUGACAUUUUUGAUUUUAAAGAGGCUGUGAGACGCAAUCUCCAGAGGAUUUAAUAAUCAUUUUUACAAUAUUCUUCACUAAAAUAUAAAUUUAUUUAGUGUAUGACAUAAGAGACUUCAUCUAGAGGAGACAUGACAUCAUUCUAACAUACAACUAACUCCAGUUAUCCUUUUUUUGGCGGGAAAGAUUGUCCUUGCUAACAUGUUAAUAAAAACGGUACUACUACAGCGGAUGUAAUCUCAUAAGGCCCAUGCCACAGAAACGGUGACUAGAUCAAACUAAGAAACUAUUGAACAAUAAAACUACCUAAGGGCAAUAACAGGCAAUAAAAUAUUAGAAUGUCUGGAAAUCAGAAAACAUAUGCAAAGAAACCAACAAUUAACACUACUAGAUACUAGAAAAAAGGAUGAUGCAAUAACUAUGUAAUCUCAAAAUUACUAGUAAUAUUAA